GUGUUGCUAGGUACGCGAGUUGUUGACAUGCUGAGCAAGUUGCUCGACAUAUAAAUACGGAAAUGCGGUACUAGCCCACGGUUCGCAGACAUCAAGAACGUGGGCACCUUUACAUGUUUUCAACACUUUUCAUAUCUGAUAAUGUCGAGAGGACGACGAGGCCGCGGUCGUAGGGGUGCCAGAGGUGGGCGUGGUCGUGGAAGAGGCAGGGGAAGAUCUGGAGGCCGUGGAAGAUCCGCAUCGGCGUCAAACCCAGGUAACGACGAGGAAGGCAGUGCCCCAGAACAGUUGGACAUCGAGACUAGGCCUAAGGACUUCUUCACUGGCACCGCCUCGGUCGCCCAGCACAUCAAGGGGCAGACAGACAACCUGGACAGGUACGCGGCCACCAUGGCAGUCCUCCGGAAGAGUGGGGUGGCUGUGGCUCAAAAUGCUUGUGUGCGAGCUUUGACUGCUGCAUGGGCCCGGCAUGACUACAAGCUUGCUGAUGCCUUUCUUCAGAACAGAGAGCAGUUUGGAUUUGUUGAGGUUUUGAAGGCCUUAACUUUACUCGACUCAGGGCGGAGAGUGCGUGUUCUCGAGAAAAAGCUCAAAAGGUUGCAACUCACAGGGUCAAAGAUCAGCAAGAAGAAAUUUGGAAAGCUGAAGUCAGACAUUGACAACCUUCAUGCUAUUAAACCACCACAAGGGUCUGCCAGUGGGGCCGUGUGCAAACAUGUGCAGGCGUGGGUGAGGACGUUCACGAAGGAGGACCUGGAGUUCUACGCUCUCCACUACCCAAAGGAUCCCUGGAAGAAACUGGCAGACAUCUGCCACUUCAGCCCCAAAACAGAUUUUGCAGUGUUGCCAUGGUUCCUGCCCUUCUGUCCUGGGGACAGUCCCCCUGAGGGAUCGAUGGUGGACAGGUGUUGCGACAUCACAGAGGCUAACGUCAACGACCUCAUCAAGGAGUAUGACGUCCCGUACACUCAUGUGAAGAAACACCAAUCCAAGUUGACGAAAAGCUCGAAAGCCAGAUUAGCUGCAUAUGAGCCGAAACUAGAUACAGUGUUAUGGUGGUAUGAAGAUCUUCAGUGCUUGGAGGUAGACAAAAUAAUAACAGAACGACUUGAAGCAGGCGAGAAUGUGAACCUGGCCAAUGGGAAACUGUUGGAAAGAUUAUUAACCCUGAAGAUACUUAGCAAGAAUAACCCCACGUCAUAUUUCUGCACUAUGGCCCGGACCUGGGUGUCAAAUUACACAAAAGUUUCUUUUCUCCCCAAGCUGAUCCCCUUGGCUGAAACAAGACUGACAUCAAUCAAACUUCCCCUCGAGUCCCCAAUUGUUGUGAUGGGCGAUGCAUCCGGGUCCAUGGAGGUUGCCAUCCAAACCAGCACCAUUAUCGCCAGUCUGCUCACCGCGAUCUGCUCAGCCAGACUUGUCUUCUUCGAUCACGAGAAUCGUGAAGCUCCAUACUUGCCCAAGACCAUCGAUGAAGUGCUGGAACUGGCUAUAGAAACCAAGGCAGGAGGGAUGACAACUCCUGCCGCUAGCUUGUGGCCGUUCUAUGAGAAGAAGGAGGUUGUGAAGACAUUCAUCAUGGUGACUGACGAAGAGGAGAAUGAAAAAGUUCAGGAUAUGUUUUUUGCUGAGUUGUACAAGAAAUAUCAUGACGAAGUAUUUCCUGCCAAGCUGGUCUUCAUGUCCUUCCUCGAAUCCCAGCAUGCAAAGGGGAAAAUGGUGACUGAACUUCAAGAAGCUGGAUUCCAUCCACUCCAGUUCAAACUGGAAGAAGACCGCCCUGACCUGACUAAACUGGACAAUCUGUUCGGGCUGCUGUCGUCUGAUUCCGCCUCCUUCAAAGAUGAAAUCACUGAGAUGCAGAAGAACAUCACAAAGUUGGGGCUGGGCAAGUUCUUCAAGGGUUGAGCCUCAAGACAGAGUAAAAUGGGUAAGGUCAGUACCUGAACUAAAGGGGUGUUUUCACAGAAAAAUACCAGGGCUAGAACUGUCGUAAGGCUGUACGAACAAAUUGGAGUUACGACUAAGCUACGCAUUUAAUUACAGUUACACACAUAGUUUACACACAGGUUCAAUAGUUAACACAAUUGGGAGAUCACGUAAUUUAGCAUAAUAACCUAGGGUAAGGGACAUCAUGUGGCCAUUUUCAGAACCGAUUAGAAACAUCUUAUAAAUUUGAUAUGAGUACGUCUGGAAGUUGUAUGUAUCUUGUAGUCUCUCUUAUUACUCACGUUUUGGCCGUGAAUCGCUCCUAUUGGUCAUUUGGGGGGUGGGUGUUUUCCUACUUGAGUGCUCCUGCCUCUUGUUGUAUGUUCCACCACGACCUAUGAUGUGCCCAGCACAAUAUGGUAGGAACGCCCUGAUUGGUUGUGACCUGGUACUGCAGCAUUCAGUGUCUUAUGAGCUCAGGAUUCCCGACAAGUAAGUCCUCUCAAGUUCGCGGAUAUUUUGGCACAGACUCUUGUUUAACAAGACGCCUCUAUAGUUAGUUGUAGAAUAGGUCUGAAACUGAAAUUGGUUCUCUCCGUCCGUCUGUGUGUCCGUGUGUGUGCGUGCGUCCCGAAAUCAUUUCCGGAGCAUAACUCAGAAACCGUUAAAUGUUUUUCUACGAAACUUUGCAUGUCUAUCAGACUCAUGCUGAACUGGUGCUUUUCGC